UUCGAGGGGGAUGAGGCGGCUGUUGCGUAUCAUGUUGCUUCGCAUUUUGCGGAUUGAGUUGGUUGUUGUGGUUGCUGAAUGGAAUUGGGUAUGGGUAUGGGGGUGGUUAGUGGGUUAGUCUCGAGCGGGCAGUUUUGUGCCUAUACUUCGCGGGAGGUGGAAGUGUAGGGAUGCGCUCUAUCGCAGGACGGGUGCUGCGAUACGGCUAGAAGGCGUGCGGGCAAGAGAAUGAGUAUGAUGGACACGAGAUUUCCACGCCAGAGUGACCAUAACACUGCACUCUUGGCCUCGUUGUGGGUUGAUUGCUUGAGUGCUGGGGAUGGUACUUCAAGCAGUGAUGCAAUUGAAAAAAAAAAAAGCUGGAGAGUCGAGCCGAGGACUGCCUGGGUAUCCGUUCAACUAUGGACUGUGCAUUUUGCAAACAGAUCUCAAUAUCGUCUCAGACCUGCACCCGCAACCCUAACAAAUAGGCAGCAAGCAUACUCAUGUGAAAGAUCCACAGAACAAGGUCCGGAAUCGAUAGCGCCUACCCGCGGAACAAAUCAGGCACCAGAGGUCAGCCCAGUAGUCAAGUUCUAAGCAGACAAUAAAACCCAAAACCUCUACCACGUACACAAUGC